AUGUCACAAUCGCCUUCCUCUGAUUUACCCCCACCUUCCUCUCCUAAAGCAGAUGCAUCCAACAAUGAGUCUACGGCUGCUGAUAAUGAGAAUACCAAUGCAUCAAAAGACUGCCAAAAUGCUGUAGAGGACCAGAAACAGCAACCUGAACAGCAAUCGGCUCCUACACGCAAGCGUACUAGAGCUACAGCCGAGCAACUUGCAGUGCUUGAAGAUACCUUCGCUGUGAAUGUGAGCCCAAAUAGUAAGCUUCGCAAGCAGCUUGCUGAAAGAUUGCAAAUGAGUGAGCGAUCCAUCCAAAUCUGGUUCCAAAAUCGACGUGCCAAGGUGAAGCAUAUGCAAAAACGUGCCCAAAUGCAAAUGCAACAAGCAUCGAUUCGUGCACAGCUUUAUCAUUACCAUCAGCAGCAAUAUGGUGGAUACGGUGGUCCACUCAUGCCGUUGCGUCCACAACAACCAUCACCUUAUUAUCGCCCAUACCCAAGUCCUCAUCAUCAUCAUCACCAUGCCAACGACUCACAACACAUGUCAUUGUCACGCUCACAUAGCGUUGAUGCUGUUGUGUUGGAUACUCAGCAACACGUUUCACCAUACACAUCUUCGUCAGUCCCCCAUCCUUAUGCUGCUGCUAGCGUGCCACCCUCAUCAGGACAACAUCAUCAUCACUCACCCUCACCAUUCGAAAGUCAACCUCAUCAACAAUUCUCGUAUCAACCAUGGCAACCAACAGAUAGCAACCCAGCAUCCAUCCCUCAACCUGACAACUUUACAACAUCAUCUGCAUCAUCCACUACUCCCAAUCCACAUUUUCAAGCAUCCAAUGUUUUUGCCAAUUGCACCGAAAUGCCUACUUUGGUAUCUGUUCCUGAUGCAGGCCCAACAGCUAUGCUUGCCAACUCGGAUAUCACUACCACAUCUCCGACCACGGCUGAUGUUUGGUGCACAGCGGAUGCACUUGAAAGAGCACAUUCUGUUGGCAUUGAUCCAACGGCUGCUGACCUUGUUGCACCAUCACGAGCACUUAGUGACCCCAUUGUUACCACCAUUGAUCCUUCCAGCUUGAUGUUGACACCUCCUGCAAGCACAAGCAGUAGCACAACAACAACAACAAGUAGCAACAGCAGCCAACAAGAUGAAGAGGAUGAUCGACAACAACAACAACCAUCCAACCCAUCAUCAGCAUCAAGUACACAAUAUUUCAAUGCCACAACACUUACCAUUGGCACAUGGCACCGACUCAAGUUAAGAUCGAAUGAUUUACUUUGUGCCUAUGAGCCUGAGCGACGUAUGUUUGCUUGGUACAUUUCUGAUAACGGCUGUCGAUUCAAAAUGGAAGUGAGUCUUGAUGCUGUGGCCAGCAUUGAAUAUAUGGCUGGUGAUUGCGAUGUCCUUGCGGAUGUACAUUUCGAUAUCAGUGAGCCUCCUCUAUUCUAUAUGGAGCAAAAAGACGAGUGGGUGCAGUGCAGUGAUUUUACGGAAGGAAAGCAAGCAUCUCGAUUCUUCCGUCACACGCUAAAAGGUGUUGCCCAUUACUUGAAGCAAGAGUUGGCUGCUCUCACAUCCAAGCAUGAGCAAACACGUAGGUUGGUCAAGUUUAUUGAAACGCCUGCAGUCCCACCACCAGCAGCACCACCAGCACCUACAACCAUGAUGGCACAAGAUCCAAUGUAUUGUUGGCCACCACCACCAGUUCCUCACGUGGCCACCGCACCAGCUUUUAUGACUGAAGCGUGUGCUUACUUUGCUUAA